CUCCUCCGCGACCCAGCCAGCAACGCUGCUACAAUACCAUCACACGUCGUCAGUUCCUGCUCGAAAAUGGUUGCACGAGCAGCAAUUUUGUCAGUCGCCUUGACGACCAGCGUGUGCUCGGUCGGCGAGGCCUUUGUGACGCCCAACAUCGCAGUAGUGCCAGGCGGGGCGUUUUCGUCUCACAGAGCAGCACAGGCCGCACGCCCGAGACGACCAGCAGCUCCUGCUGCUAAACCAGCCCGUAGCGGACGCGAUGAUGCCCCUCUCAUGUCGACAUCCACCGACCUGAAGGAGUUGGGGCUGACCCCGGAGCUGGAAAGGUUGACGAAGGUGUUCAGGUCUUGCCCCACGGACAAGAUGCGACAGAUGCAGCUCCUACACCUCGCGCAAAUGGGCGACAAGAUGGACCCGGCUCUCCAGACAGAGGAGAACAAGGUCUUGGGGUGCCUCUCGACCGUGUACGUUGCGGCGGAGGUGAAGGACGGCCUAAUCUACUACUCCACGGACUCGGACGCGAUGAUCACCAAGGGGUUGGCUGGCCUUCUCGCGAUGGGCCUUUCCGGUAACUCGCCGGAGGCCAUCCAGACCGUCAAGCCAGAGUUCAUCCAAGUGGCCGGCCUUCAGGCCAGCCUCACUGCCGGGCGAAACAACGGGUUCAUCAACAUGCUACGAACGAUGAAGGGGAAGGCGCUAGCGUUGGGCGGCGAGUCGGCCAUCCGCGCAGCUGUGGAGCAAGCAGCCCCGGCGGCGGAAGCAGCGGCGCCGGAGGAGGCGGAGGAAAGCGGGACGAUGGCGUCACGGAUAACAGAAAGGCUGCAAAAGCUGGAGCCGUUGGAGCUGGUCAUCGAGGACGAGUCAGGCGGGGAAGAGUCCAAGUUCAUGAUUAAAAUCGUCAGCAAAUCCUUCGAGGGCCUGACGCUGUUGAAGCGGCACCGAUCCGUGUACGGCCUCAUGGCCGACGAAAUGAAAAUAGUACACGCGGUUACCCUAGACACGAAGACGCCCGAGGAGGCAGGAAUGUAGGGUGGAGGAUGCUGCCGUGUGAGCGUUUAGUCGCGAGCCUGGGUUGGCUUGCAAACUUUGCGUUGACUUGCAACACUAUUGUCGGUCUAAUGUGGGCUGUCUACUACGGCAGUCACGUGCGGUUAGCAUGACUCUUGUGAUGUUUUCGCGCGACUUCGUGCUUUUUUUUUGCGCCUCGCUGCAUGCGUUUGUCGAGAGGGGUGUGUAAUUGUUCCUGUGGAACACUGUGUACGAAGAGCUUUGGGUUUGAUUUUCGAUGCGCAGGGUGGGAGCAAUGUGUACGAGUGUGUUAUACAAUUGGUACUUUCGCCUGGUGCAGCUAGCCGUCCUGCACGAAUUGACUGAUAACGAAUUUUCCUUUCGCUCUAUCCGGGAAUGAGAAUUGUAUGAUUCUCCAGGCAGUUUUUUCCCUCACGAGUGAAGACCAUCCAUGCCUAUCAUAGCAACGUAUUAGUGGUAGUAUUUUCUCAUACAUCGUGAACAUCAUCACACGUCCUGCGUUGUACAGUAUAAGGGCUCCUGUUUCUCGCCUGCCUCGUUCGUGCCACCCGGACCGCCUACUACGCAGGAUGUUAAUAUCGUCGAGAGAAAGAAUACGGCGGGAGCAGACAGCCCCUGACUCUAGCCCCAACCCUACCCUCGAUACGGAUUGGAAGUUGGUCCCAUAUGUGUGUUUCAUCUACGUUGCCGAGUAUUCCACUAUGUCGCCCGCCAACCCAGAUUUUUCGUGUCCCCCUUGUACACGGUACGGGCACUAGGUCAACGCAUCGCUUCCGCUU